UUGUUUGUUUUCGCGGGAGAAACUGGUUUAAUCGAUCCGUUCACAGGAAGCGCACUGAUCCGGGAAAAUGAUGGCUCCGGAGCCGCUGCGAUCAGCUAUGACCAUCAGGUGCUCGGAGGACACGUCGCUCGCGCUGCCCUCCGACAACAAGCUGCGCUCUGGACAGCAGCGCGUGCUGGAUCAGGUGCACACCAUCAAGAGGGGCAAGUCCAAGCACGGGAAGAACGACCCGCUGUCCCCCUCUCCUACAAGCCCGAUACCGCAGAAUUUGACAUCAUGCGUCGAUUUUGGAUCGUUCAAGUUUUCUCCGUCCAAAGCAAAUGGCACCUUCAGCCGCACCAGCUCCACUAUGUCAUCGGGCUUCAACAAAACGAUAAACACUCAGAGGAGUCGCACUCUGUCCACUAAAACCGUGGGACCUUUCAGCGCGUCGGGCACAUGGGAGCAGCAAAUCCAAGGCUCCAACUGGCCGAAGAGUCCCAAUGGGCUGAAACCCAGUCGCAGUGACCCCACCUUGGCUCCUCCAUUUUCUCCUGCCCCUGCACCUGUCAUGAGAGCCAAGGGGCAGUCAUUCCAUAGCCAGCACGCCAUCCAGACUCGAGUCAAUAGACACAGCACCUACUCCUUGACCAACGGCACUCAGAUGACCAACAGCCAGACACGCAUCGUCCGGCCGCCCUCUGCCCAGUCCCACACUGAGGGCAAGAUGGGAACCAUCAAAAUAACUAAGAAAGCGCUUCAGCAGACAGCGGUGAACAGUGGGAUAAACGUGUCAGACGUGACCCUAAAGGAGGCUGUAGAGUACCUGUCUCACCCCGAGGAGAAAUUCCAGCAGUUUGGGGCCACCUUCAUCCAACACACCACCUUCAAUGAGGAGCGUGCCAAACAGGAGGUCUUCCAACUGGAGGGUAUCCCCGCUCUGGUGACCCUGCUGCGGAGCCCCAACCCAGCGGUGAGCCAGGCUUCUGCCGGGGCUCUGAGGAACCUGGUGUUUAAGGACAAGAACAACAAGCUGGAGGUUCAACACUGCGGUGGUAUAGCUAAGGCCCUGCAGCUCCUAAAGGAGACCGACUCUACUGAUACUCAGAAACAAAUCACAGGCCUGCUGUGGAACCUGUCCUCCAGCGAUGAGCUGAAGGAAGAACUCACAGUGACGGCGCUGCCCGCUCUGACUGAGAAUGUGGUGGUGCCGUUCACCGGCUGGUCAGACAACAGCACCAACAACAACAUACACCCUGACGUCUUCUACAGUGCCACAGGGUGCCUGCGGAACCUGAGCUGUGCCAAGAAGAGGGAGAGGCAAGCAAUGAGAGACUGCCCUGGCCUCAUCGACUCCCUCAUGAGUUACGUUCAGUCGUGUGUGGCAGAGGAAAACCCAGAUGACAAGUCUGUGGAGAACUGCGCAUGCAUCCUCCAUAACUUGACCUACCAACUGGAGUCGGAGGCCCCUGGGUGCUUCAGCAACUACUACCCUCGGACAGACGACGAGUCUGGGGGUAGGAAAAGCCCCACAGUUGGAUGCUUCAGCCCCAAGAGCAGCAAGGCUCAAAAGCAGUAUAUGUUUGACAUGGAUCGGGCAGUGCUUGAGGACAGUACCCCAUCAGGUCAAAAGUGGUUGUGCCAUCCCAAAGCCAUGCAGACCUACCUGUCUCUGCUGGGCUCGUCCAAGAAAGACUCCACCCUGGAGGCUUGCUGUGGUGCCCUGCAGAACCUCACUGCCAACAAAGGACUGGGGUCCUCAGCCAUGAGCCAGAUCCUGGUUCAGAAAUUUGGUGCUCUGCUGCACAUGACCCCUCUGUUAAAGUCACAGAACUCUGGCCUGCAGAAGACCGCCAUGUCCCUGCUGAAUAACAUGUCUCGGACCAGCAGUGUGCAGACCUCCAUGGCAAAGCAGAUUCUGCCUGAGCUCACAGGCCUCCUCUCCUCUGGCCCCCGGGAAAUGGGAAAAAGUGAUGACACUAUAGCGGCAGCUUGUAGCACAGUACGGACUCUGAUGAUGGCGGACACCGAGGUCAGCAAGAAGGUCAUUAAUAAUGAACUGGUGACAUCGCUGGCUGACCUCAGUGAGAAUGGAUCUUUCCCUAAAGGCAGCAAAGCAGCCGCAUUGCUGCUCUACAGCUUAUGGAAUGAGAAGAAUUUGCAAGGCACUGCGAAAAAGCUGGGAUUGGCCAAGUCGCUUUUUGUCAAUGACAACACCACAGCACAGUACAAGCAAAUGAUCGAUUGAGUGCGACGGACGAGUGGCACCACACAGCCUUAGAGGUGUGUACUUGCAGAUGGAAACCAGCAUGUUUAGACACUGUGGUGGCCACACCCUUGCAGCACGGAGAGUAAAAUCCUUCAAAUAAUGGCCUUGCUAAAAGAUCCUAUCAUUUUGAGUCAAUCAUACAGUAUAUUGUACAUACAAUAGAGAAAAGAAAGAUUUCCUUGUAAUUCUGCGGUGUUGUAUGUAUUUAAAUUGGAUAUGCUUCUGUCUUUGUAUAUAAAUGGGUGAGUGUGUUUAUGGUAGGUUAAGUGUGCGUAUGCUGAAACCCACUUCUUGCAGCUUGUGAGCCACAAUACACCAGACAAUGUUAUCUGCAGUGAAAUGUUACUCAAAACAUGCAGUGAUUAUUCAGAUUUAGGAAUGGCAUCUCUAUCAAAUGUGUCCGUCUACAGGCUACAAAAUAAAAUAUCUAUUGUGGCCUUGAGGACUUAUCAGCUGAAAAUGAAAGUAAUAAGAAAAAUGUUAAAAAAAACAAAAAACAAAACAAAAAAAAAACAAACUGUUGCUAUGAGAUGAAAUCUUGUACAU